AUCCCUUUCUCUCUCUAGAAAUAACGCGAGACGCUAUACGCUUACACGCCCACCAUCUCUCAAGAUUUCCCUCUCUCUCUCUCUGUCUCUCUCUCUCCCCCAAAAUUGUUUUUCUCCUGUUUGUGGGCAUCAUCGGCUACCACUGGUGGAACAGACGAAUCUAAUCGAAUUCGUCGAUUGUGAUAUUCGCGGCGCGUGUGAGGGGAGAUUGCGAAUUAGCGCUUUCCAACCCGCGACCCAAAUCUCGUUUCUCACACAAAAACCUGUCAAACGGUAUCGUUUUUUAAACCUAUCUUUCCCGCCGCCGGCUCGACAGUGGUCGACAGCAGCCUGUCCCCCGGUGAUCCGGGAGUUCGAACCACGAGCCCCAACUGGAUUUACGGAAAUACCCUUGAUUGAAUUGUGUUUCUUCGCGUCGCUCCUUGUUCUGUGGGCGUAGAGAGCUUCUUGGAGGGACCAUUAUAUAUAAGUCUACAUAUCUUUCUGGAGAUCAAUUGGUUGUUUUUCUCUUCAAUCAAUUCCAUGCGAAGAAUUGAGCAUGGCCUUCUUUAGAAAAUUUACAGAUGGAGGUGCGGAACAAAUUGAAAUGAGUGAGAGAAAUCAUCCGCAUCCGCCAUCCGUGAGAAACAGUAACUUUCAUGACAAUGCAGCAACCAACAAUAAGGAAAUCACUGAGAAUGCCAGUCAAAUUACGGGAGAAGAUACAAGCAGUAACAUUAGGCUAGGAAACGUACAGCCUCCUGCCAGAGGAAUUGGUGUGGGAGGGAAGUGGGGUUCGACAUUUUGGAAGGAUUGUGAUCCCGCUAGACAUACUGGAGCCUCAGAAUCAGGGGAGGAGUCCAAGAGUGGGACAGAUAAAGGGUCUGAAGGAGAAGAGUCUGAUGGGGCAGAGGAUAGGAUGGUAUCUGAAAAUGAAGUGACAAGAAAAGGUCAUCAGAUCGUUACAGAGGAUGACAUGUUGUCCGAUGAGUAUUAUGAGCAGGAUGGGAAUGAUCAGAAUGAGUCUUUGAAUCACCAUAGAGCAAUGAAUCACUCCAGUGGGUUUAACUUGAAGGCCCCAAUGCAGGCUGCGGCUCCCAAAAAUAUCUCCAGGAAAUCAAAGGCAUUGAAAGGCAAAAAAUAUGAUAAUGAAGAUGUUGACUAUGAGGACUCCGAUGAUGAUGAAGAUGAAGAUGACCCUGAUGAUGCUGACUUUGAUCCUGACUUUGGGGCAACAAGCGGUCGCAGGGGAACAAAGGAAAAAUACCAAGAUUGGGAUGCUGAAGAAUCUGAUGAUGAGGAUAAUAUUGAUGAUGAGUUGGAUAUCUCGGAUGAAGACGAUCUCUACUUUAAAAAAAAUAAGGCUAAACAAUCUGGUAGGCAUGCUCGAAAUUUGAAGUCUAGCAGGGAAUUUAAACCGGUUGCAUCAUCCACUCGUCCAAGAAAAGCCAGAACUUAUUUUGAGGAUUAUGAAGAAUCAUCACUAGCUGAAGACUCGGAAAAUGGAAGUGAUGAAGAUUUCAGACGUCCAAAGAAUGGAGCACAAUUUCAGCGGAAGACUGGUGGUCGAUCAACUUCUGUUAAAGUUCCCUCUAGAAACAAUGAACUGCGAACUUCUGGUCGUUCUGUGCGGAAAGUUUCUUAUGUUGAGAGCGAUGAAAGUGAAGAUCUGGAUGAAGGCAAAAAAAGGAACCAAAAGAAGGAAGAAACAGAAGAAGAAGACAGUGACACCAUAGAGAAGGUAUUGUGGCAUCAACCCAAAGGCACUGCUGAUGAAGCUUUAAGGAAUAAUAAAUCUGCGGAACCUGUGCUGUUGAGCUAUUUGUUUGACUCAGAGCCAGAUUGGACUGAGAUGGAGUUUUUAAUUAAAUGGAAAGGGCAGUCACAUUUACAUUGCAGAUGGAAGUCAUUUUCUGAACUGCAGAAUCUCAGUGGUUUUAAGAAGGUUAUAAAUUAUACCAAAAAGGUUGGGGAAGAUAUAAGGUAUCGGAGGAUGGUUUCUCGAGAAGAGAUUGAGGUGAAUGAUGUCAGCAAGGAAAUGGACCUGGAUAUCAUUAAACAAAACAGCCAGGUGGAGCGAGUGAUUUCAGACAGAAUUAUUAAAGAUAGUUCGGGUAAUGUAGUGCCAGAGUAUUUGGUCAAGUGGCAAGGAUUGUCCUAUGCUGAAGCUACAUGGGAGAAGGACACUGAUAUAGCAUUCGCCCAAGAUGCUAUUGAUGAGUACAAGGCUCGAGAGGCUGCAAUAAUGGUACAAGGGAAGACUGUUGAUAUUCAAAGAAAGAAAAGUAGAGGAAGCCUCAGGAAGCUUGAUGAGCAGCCCGAGUGGUUGAAAGGAGGCAAGCUUAGGGAUUAUCAGCUUGAAGGUCUGAACUUUUUAGUUAACAGCUGGAGAAAUGAUACCAAUGUUAUUUUGGCAGAUGAAAUGGGACUUGGUAAAACUGUUCAGUCAGUGUCUAUGCUUGGUUUCUUGCAGAAUACUCAGCAGAUUCAAGGACCAUUUCUUGUUGUUGUUCCUUUAUCAACUUUGUCAAACUGGGCAAAGGAAUUCAGAAAGUGGUUACCUGAAAUGAAUGUCAUUGUAUAUGUUGGAACACGGGCUAGCCGGGAGGUCUGCCAGAAAUAUGAGUUUUACAGUGAUAAGAAACCUGGCAGGAGUAUAAGGUUUGAUAGCCUUCUAACCACGUAUGAGGUAUUACUGAAGGAUAAGGCAGUUCUCUCCAAAAUCAAGUGGAACUAUCUUAUGGUUGAUGAGGCACAUAGGUUGAAGAACAGUGAGGCAUCAUUGUACACAACAUUAGCGGAAUUUAGCACAAAGAACAAAUUGCUAAUUACUGGCACUCCUCUGCAAAACAGUGUUGAAGAGCUGUGGGCUUUGCUUCACUUUCUUGAUUCGGAUAAGUUUAGGAGCAGGGAUGACUUUGUUCAGAGGUACAAGAAUCUAAGUUCGUUCAAUGAAUUGGAGCUUGCUAAUCUUCAUAUGGAAUUGCGGCCUCACAUUCUUAGAAGAGUUAUUAAAGAUGUUGAGAAGUCAUUGCCUCCUAAGAUUGAACGUAUACUGAGGGUUGAGAUGUCACCACUUCAGAAACAGUAUUAUAAGUGGAUUUUGGAACGCAACUUCCAUGAUUUGAACAAAGGUGUCCGUGGGAAUCAGGUUUCACUUCUGAAUAUUGUUGUGGAGUUGAAGAAGUGCUGCAAUCAUCCAUUUCUGUUUGAAAGUGCAGACCAUGGUUAUGGUGGUGACACAAAUUCUCUAGGUAGCAGUAAGCUUGAAAGAAUUAUACUUAGCAGUGGGAAGCUGGUCUUACUUGAUAAGCUGCUCACGAGAUUGCAUGAGACAAAUCACCGUGUCUUGAUAUUUUCUCAGAUGGUCAGGAUGUUGGAUAUAUUGGCAGAUUAUCUAUCGAUAAAAGGAUUCCAAUUUCAAAGACUUGAUGGUAGCACCAAGUCUGAAUUACGGCAGCAGGCUAUGGAUCAUUUUAAUGCUCCGGGUAGUGAUGAUUUCUGCUUUCUUCUCUCUACUCGUGCUGGUGGUUUGGGUAUCAAUCUUGCAACUGCAGAUACAGUUAUAAUAUUUGAUUCAGAUUGGAAUCCUCAAAAUGACUUACAGGCAAUGAGCCGAGCUCAUAGGAUUGGACAGCAAGAAGUAGUUAAUAUUUACCGAUUUGUGACCAGUAAAAGUGUUGAGGAGGAUAUCUUGGAGCGUGCUAAAAAGAAGAUGGUAUUGGAUCAUUUAGUUAUUCAGAAGCUGAAUGCUGAGGGUAGACUGGAGAAAAAGGAAGCAAAGAAAGGGAGCACUUUUGAUAAGAAUGAGCUUUCUGCAAUUCUGCGGUUUGGGGCAGAAGAGCUUUUUAAAGAGGAUAAAAAUGAUGAGGAAAGCAAGAAAAGGCUUCUCAGCAUGGAUAUUGAUGAAAUUCUUGAAAGGGCUGAGAAGGUUGAAGACAAAGUAACGGAAGAGGAAGGGCAUGAAUUAUUGAGUGCCUUUAAGGUUGCCAAUUUCUGUAGUGCUGAAGAUGAUGGAUCUUUCUGGAGUAGAAUGAUAAAGCCAGAAGCUGUCUCACAAGCUGAGGAUGCUUUAGCUCCCCGAGCUGCACGAAAUAUCCGAAGUUAUGCAGAGGUUAAUCCAACUGAAAGGACUAAUAAAAGGAAAAAGAAGGGAGUGGAAUCUCAGGACAGAUUGUCCAAACGACGGAGAGCAGAUUCUAGUUACUCUACCCCUGUGCUUGAGGGUGCUACUGCACAAGUGAGACACUGGUCUUAUGGGAACUUACCGAAAAGAGAUGCUACUCGGUUUUUUCGUGCGGUUAAGAAGUUUGGGAAUGAUAGUCAAAUCAGCUUGAUAGCUUCUGAAGUUGGUGGAAUAGUGGAAUCAGCGCCUACUGAUGCUCAAAUUGAACUUUAUGAUGCUUUACUUGAUGGUUGUAAAGAAGCAGUUAAAGGAGAAAGCUUUGAUGCAAAGGGUCCGCUUUUGGAUUUUUUUGGUGUACCUGUUAAGGCUGAUGAAAUGUUAAGCCGAGUAGAAGAACUUCAGCUCCUUGCCAAGCGGAUUAGCAGAUACGAAGAUCCUGUCUCUCAAUUCAGAGCCCUUGCUUAUCUCAAACCAUCUACAUGGUCUAAAGGCUGUGGCUGGAACCAGAAGGAUGAUGCAAGGCUGCUGCUUGGAAUAUAUUAUCAUGGAUUUGGCAAUUGGGAAAAGAUAAGGUUGGAUGAAACGCUUGGUCUUACGAAGAAGGUAGCACCUGCAGAACUUCAACAUCAUGAAACUUUCUUACCUCGAGCACCCCAACUGAAAGAACGUGCAUCACAGCUUUUGGAAAUGGAGAUUGUAGCAGUUGGUGGGAAGAAUACAAAUGGGAAACCUGGUCGAAAGAAUACAAAGAAACAGAAAGAAAUGAUUGUAGCUGCCCGCGGAAAAGGCAGGCAAGAGAAGUCUGCUUCUCCUAGUCUUCAAACAACACGGAAAAGAGCUGCAAAAUCCCAGAAAAGUGAACCUUUAGUUAAAGAGGAAGGGGAAAUGUCUGAUAAUGAUGAAGUGUAUGAGCAGUUCAAAGAAGUGAAGUGGAGGGAGUGGUGUGAAGAUGUCAUGACAGAUGAGUUAAAGACUCUGAAACGUCUUCAGAAACUACAGUCUACCAGUGCGAAUCUCCCCAAGGAAAAGGUUCUCUCCAAGAUUCGAAAUUACUUGCAGCUCAUUGGUCGAAGGAUUGACCAAGUUGUUUCAGAGUAUGAUCAGGAGUCCUAUAGGCAAGAAAGGAUGACCACACGAUUAUGGAACUAUGUAUCCUCGUUCUCAAAUAUGUCAGGGGAGAGGCUUCAACAAAUUUACACGAAACUUAAGCAGGAGCAACAGGUUGGCGGCGUUGGACCAUCUCACCUCAACGGUUCUGCUGCUGGAACUGCAGCAUUCAUGCAUAGGGAUCUAGAUAUCGGUAAAUUUGAAGCUUGGAAACGUAGGAAAAGAGCUGAGGCUGAUGCUUCUCAUAUGCAGCAGCAUCCUUAUCAUCGUAGACCACCUCCUCCGAGUAAUGGGACCUGGCUACCAGACCCAAAUGCCUCUGGUAUUCUUGGACCACCUCCGUCUGCUGAUGGUAGACAAUACAAUAACGGGAGGCCUUACAGAAUGCAACAGCCUGGCUUUCCUCCUAGACAGGGUUUCUCAUCCGGCAUAAAGUAGCUCUUCCAUACAUCAAUGAAUGGCCAAGGACUAUGCGACUGUGGUGCAAAGCCUACAGGUUCUAGUUCAUCGGCCAUAACUGCUCCCUAGCAAUUUGUGUUCUCAUGAUUUUAGACCAUGAGAAUACCUAUUUUGCUAUAUGCCUUCCUUUCAGAGUCUUAUCUGAAGCUGCCCUAUAGUACUGAGACUGCAACUUUCGAAACAUUUGAAUGAAGAAGAUUCUGGAGAAACUACCCCCUGAUCUUUGUAGGCUGAAAUGAAGAGAACAUACAUGGAAAUCCUCGACAAAUUCUUUUUGCUUCAGUUUCCCAUUAAUUUAGUGACAACAACUUUCUUUUAAGGAUAUAGCAGAUAGUCCACAGGGUGCUGUGGUCAUUUCUGAUGACGCCACCGCGCACAGACAUUUUUGUAUGUAUAAUGGUGCUUUAUACAGUGUAAAUGACACAAUUUUGCCCAGUGAACUGCUGAAAUCUUACCAAGGCAAUUCCAGAUUUACAUUUAUUUA